UCUCAAUACACGUAAAGAAGGCGCGAAUGUCAAGACAAAGAGAAACGUCAGAAGAACAAUCCGAUGGUCAGCCGUGUCCGGACGCUGAAUAAAUAAUAGUGAACAAUGGUGCAGAAGCGACGCUCCAUCCAUGCCACGGGCCCCACGGGGCAGAACAUGAACUUCCGCGGGAGUUCCAUCAACGAGGGCCGCGGCGACGCGAAGGGCACUCGCCCCACGACAGCCCCCACGUCCAUUCGCGAAGUGCUGACCAUGAUGGUGCUGUACAUCUGCAAGAAAGCCAUCUUCUACGACACAAAUCUCAAAGUGGCGCUAUACUUGGGCAGUCUCUUCCUGGUCUCCCUGAUUGGGGACUUCAUGCCCUACCCGAGGACGUACUUUGCGCGAUCUGACAAUCUAUUCAACCAGUACUUCGUGAAGAUUGGCUGGUUCUGGACAAUGAUCCUUACGAUUCCCUACAGUCUGCUCACUUCCUACGUCGUUUGCUGUGGAGAUGCCAAGAGAGUGGUGAAGCACCACAUCAUCCGGAUUGGAAUUGCCACAGCGUGCUGGUACGUCUGGACGACGCUCUUCAACGUGAUUGAGUCGUCAUUUGGUCGCUGCACAGACAAGAGAUUCGUAACAAAGUCCUCCUGCCUCAAGGCGGGCUUCCUGUGGAAUGGAUUCGACAUAUCAGGACACGCAUUCAUUCUCAUCUACUCCAGUCUCGUUCUGAUCGAAGAGGCGCGCACAAUCGUGAACUGGGAGUCCAUCAAAGAGCACCUCCGCAACGAGGAGCACAAUCGAGCCACUGCAGAUUCAACAAAUGCCCGGAAUCCACUGUCGAAUCUGAAGGAUGACGAAUUUGCACGGCUGAACUUUCUCUACACGAGAUACACACCGCUAAUUCGUCUCCUGUUCGUCGCCAUGACUGUCCUGCAGAUCCUCUGGGAUGUGAUGCUGGUCGCCACGAUGCUGUACUUCCACAAGAUGAUCGAGAAGGUGAUCAGCGGCAUCAUUGCCAUCCUCAUGUGGUUCUUCACGUAUCGCUUCUGGUAUGCCUCGGCCGUGCUGCCUGAUCCCGUGGGCAAGGGCCUGUUCAUAUAUCAGAGGGAGAAAGCUCGUCCGGAGCCAAUCCCAAUGCGACGAAAUCCCAGCGUGGUGAUCAAUCCAGCCACCGGCAAGCCAAUGCCCAGAUUCAUGGGCAUGCCACUGUACACGGGACGUCAGGACGCCAGCAUGAGCAAUGGACCGAAUCCUGAACCAGGACCGAGUCGAUUCUGA